AUGACGCUUUUUGCAGAAAGAAUAGGACAUUCAGGAGCUUUCAGUUCGCCUUUGGUGGCUUUUGGAUCUACUCUCGGGCUGACUCUAAUGUCUAGCAUCCUAUAUUUCUUGAUGAUAGUCACCUACAACAUCUACUUCCACCCUCUAGCGAAAUUUCCGGGCCCAAUGUCUUGCGCAGCUACGAGAAUCCCCUACCUACGAGCCGUUCUCACUGGCCAGGUUGCACAAAAUUCCAAGUUAUUGCACAAAGAAUACGGUGAUGUGGUUCGUAUUGCCCCCAAUGAGCUCUCCUUUGUCAAAGGCGAAGCCUGGAAGACCAUCUAUGGCAGUCGACCCGGCCAUGGGCAAAAUCCCAAGGAUUCUCGUAUCUACCCACCCACAGCAAAGGGAGUUCCCAGCAUCAUCCUCUCGAACGAUGAAGACCACUCCCGCUUCCGUCGUACACUGUCUUAUGCCUUCUCUGAAAGCUCGUUAAGGUCCCAGGAGCCUAUUGUGAAAGGUUACGUGGACUUGCUAAUACAGCGUCUGCAUCAGAAUGUCAAUAAAGGGAAUACAUCUCUUGACAUGGUUGCUUGGUAUAACUUUACCACUUUUGACAUCAUUGGCGAUAUGGCAUUUGGUGAGCCAUUCAACUGCCUACAAAACUCCGCCUACCAUCAAUGGGUCUCGAUGAUCUUCAGCAAUUUUCGAUACGCCUCUUAUAGCAAUGUUGUUAAACGCUUUCCCGCAUCAAAGUUCCUCCUUGGUCUUAUCACACCAGCGCACAUUGUCACACAACGGAACUGGCACAUUGAACUCACAAAGGAGAAAGUGAAGAGUCGAUUAUCUAUGUCAAAUGAUCGGGCUGAUUUCUUCAGCCAUAUUCUCAAACACAAAGAUACCGACCGAGGGUUAACUUUCGACGAGAUGAUCACGAACGGAAGCACACUGAUCAUUGCCGGGUCGGAAACCACAGCCACUUUACUCUCAGGCGUGACCUAUUUUCUUUUAAAGAAUAAGCGUGUUCUGAACACCCUCGUGGAGGAAAUUCGGAGCUCUUUCCAGACUGAAGACGAGAUCACCAUAGCCACUUGCAAUCAACUUGGAUACCUUCAAGCGGUACUCACUGAAGCAUUGCGCCUCUAUCCGCCUGUCCCUAGCCCAUUGCCUCGUAUUGUGAAAGGAUAUGGUGACACGAUUGCUGGACAUUGGGUGCCAGGAGGAACCAUUGUAUCCGUACCCCAGCUCGCCGCAUUCCACUCAUCCAGUAACUUUACGGACCCUGAAUCCUUCAUUCCUGAACGUUUCCUCGGAGAUCCUCGAUUUAGCGACGAUAGCCAAAACGUGCUGCAGCCGUUCAGCGUCGGACCACGGAAUUGUAUUGGACGCAAUUUGGCAAAUGCCGAGAUGCGCCUCAUCCUAACCCGCGUGCUGUUCAAUUUCGAUAUGGAAUUGGACGUACGUAGCGAGAAUUGGGAAAAGCAGAAUUCCUUUUUUCUUUGGGACAAGUCUAGUUUAUUUGUCAAGCUGAAGCCCAAAUGCUCUACCACCGCGGGUCGUUGUUCGCCAGUUGUGUCACAACGCACUUGA